GGUUGUGGAAGAGUUGAUCAAAGCUGCCGAGUGGUUUGAGAAGUCGGAACGUUGGGAAUGUUUGCUGGAAGUUUACAGACUCGUGACACCGUUUUACGAAGCGAAGCGGGACUUUGCCGCCCUUUCCGAAUGUUUUUCCAGACUCCAAUUUGCCUGCAAAAAGGUUUCCGACUCCAAUUAUGCCAAAAGAAGAUUACUCGGCACUUACUUCCGGGUGGCGUUUUAUGGAGAGGGUUUUUUCGACGCAAUGAGUGGGAGAUCAUUCCUGUACAAGGAACCCAAGGUGACGUCGUUGGCAGAGUUUUCCGAGAGAAUCAUGGAUAUUUUCACCGAGAAAUUCGGCAAAGGCGUCGUUAGAAUUAUCCAAGAUUCUUCACCUGUGAAUUUAGAUGAACUUGAUCCGCAAAUGGCGCACAUUCAAAUUACUCACGUCACUCCGUUCUUUGACGAACAUGAGUCUGUGACGAGAGUUUCCGAGUUUGAGAGAAACCACAAUAUUUCUCG